AUGAAGGAGGCUUGUCCUAAGACACUGCUUAAGAUAUUAGAAGAGCCAGCUGUCGAAAUACAUUGGCUCAAAGUGAGAAUUAGCGCCCACAUGGAAAAUUCCCGGAUCCCACUCACAAGAUUUGAAGACGGCCCCCAGGUUGACGAAGGUGUGGAUUUUGGGCGUCUUGCAGUCAUGCAUCAGCGCUUGUACAUAUGGUCUCGUGCAAGAUUUCUAGUUGUAAGCGUGCUGGGCCAGAUGCAACAAAAGGUUCCUAAUGUAAAGGACGUCACACACGUAUAUUACCUUGCCUACUCCAAGGCAACUGCAUACUCUCUGGAUGUCAUGGCAAUUCGGGAUAUCAACAUUGGAAUGACCCAUAAUGCUGUGCAUGCCGUCGACCAGCUCUGCAGGAUCCUGAAGUUCUUUGUGCUCCAAAUCGGAACAAAUCAAAAGAUCUAUGGAGUUGCGCUGUUACGCUUUCAAGAAUAUAUCGAGAUUUACCCCCCGCUGCGCGAAGACAACCUGCGCAUCCCCUCACCAUGGGGUGACGAGAUCUUCUACUACGGGCAAAUCGACUUGAUCCAAGAAGCCAACAAAGGGAAGUCCUGGAAAUGGCGACGUCCCUAUCCCGACGAGCAUGACAUAUACCUAAUGCUCUACCGCUACUUCAACGGCCCCGGUGCGACUGCAGUCUUCAUUGGAAGUUACAUUAAUUAUAUUCACACGUAUACAUCAUCCUCACAAGAUAUAAUUGCUCGUUCGGAGCUCUACCUUUCACUCAAGAAGCCAGACCAGGCGCAUGACGAGGCAUUUAACAUAGCGGACAAAUCAACACACCUGUAG